GGGGCCGCCCCCGCUGAGGAACUCCGGAGAAGGAGGAGGAGGAGGAGGAGAACGAGAGGCGGAGGCCCGGGCCCAGCGCCGGCCCCGCGGCUUCAUGGAGGCCAGGCCCUCUGCGGGCGGCGCGGAGGCUGGAGAGGUUCCUCUGCUGCUGGCUGAACUGAAGCCAGGGCGCCCACACCAGUUUGAUUGGAAAUCAAGUUGUGAGACCUGGAGUGUUGCCUUUUCCCCUGAUGGUUCUUGGUUUGCCUGGUCUCAAGGACACUGUAUUGUCAAGCUGAUUCCAUGGCCUCUUGAGGAGCAGUUUGUCCCCAGAGGGUUUGAAGCUAAAAGUCGAACCAGCAAAACAGAUCCCAAGGGACGAAGCAGCCCAAAGGAAAAGACGCUGGACUGUGGUCAGAUUGUCUGGGGUUUGGCCUUCAGCCCAUGGCCAUCACCACCCAGUAGAAAGCUUUGGGCACGGGUCUACCCCCAAGCACUGGAUUUCUCUUGCCUUAUUCUUGCUACCGGACUCAAUGAUGGGCAGAUCAAAAUUUGGGAGGUGCAGACAGGGCGACUGCUUUUGAAUCUGUCUGGCCACCAGGAUGUGGUGAGAGAUCUGAGCUUCACUCCCAAUGGGAACUUGAUUUUGGUUUCUGCAUCAAGGGAUAAAACUCUGCGAAUCUGGGACCUAAAUAAAGAUGGCAAACAGAUCCAGGUGCUAUCUGGACAUCUGCAGUGGGUUUAUUGCUGUUCUAUCUCCCCAGACUGCAGCAUGCUGUGUUCUGCCGCAGGAGAGAAGUCAGUUCUUCUUUGGAGCAUGCGGUCCUACACAUUAAUUAGGAAGCUAGAGGGGCAUCAGAGCAGUGUGGUUUCUUGUGACUUCUCACCUGACUCUGCACUGCUUGUCACAGCUUCUUAUGACACCAGCGUCAUCAUGUGGGAUCCCUACACUGGAGAGAAACUGAGGACACUCCAGCAUGUGCUAGACUCCCAGUUGGAUUAUGCCCGGGAUGUCCAUGCCAGCUCGCUGAGAUCAGUGCGCUUCUCUCCAGAAGGCUUAUACCUUGCUACAGUGGCAGAUGACAGGCUGCUCAGGAUCUGGGCUUUGGAACUGAGAACUCCAGUUGCAUUUGCUCCUAUGACCAAUGGUCUUUGCUGCACAUUUUUUCCACAUGGUGGAAUUAUUGCCACAGGGACCAGAGAUGGCCACGUCCAGUUCUGGACGGCACCCAGGGUCCUAUCAUCACUGAAGCACUUAUGCCGUAAAGCCCUCCGGAGUUUCCUCACGACUUACCAAGUCUUAGCACUGCCAAUACCCAAGAAAAUGAAAGAGUUCCUCACGUAUAGGACCUUCUGAGCCAUGCUGCGUGGUUUUGCUAAAAAGACAAUAAGAGAACAUGGAAUCUUCUUCUAACAGGAUUAACCUUUCUGGCAAAGGUGGAGCUGAAAUAACUGAAUGGAAACAAGACAGGCUUUUAAACUAUGAUUCCUCUUUGAAAUAAAAUUGUUUUGGAUUGUAAAUGGGCAGUUAAUAGACUGUAGCAGGGGGGAAAAUCCCCUGGUGGACUGGUCACUGACCUUUUUAUCUAUAAUGUUACAAAUUCAGUACUUAGAGGAGGAGGCUCCAUUCCACGGCUACAGAACUGUCGUUGAAAUCGUCCACUUAUUAGCAGCACAGUUGCAAUUCUCUUGGUGUCUUGAUUCAAAGUGCAGUUAAUAAUGUUGUUUUGCUUAUAAAAGUGAUUGGGCCUUGAGCUCUCUUUAGUGGUAAAGGAAGGAAGCAUCAGAUCCCCCACAGGGAAAGCUGACUUCUGCCCAAUACUUGUCUCAGUUUAGUCCUCAAAAGCAGUGGUAGCUAAAUGUUCCACUUGUUCUCUAGCUCUUGGGUCAGAGUAUCAGGGACCAUGCCUUCGUUCAGCAAAGUGCAAAUACUAUUAAUUUAUAACGUCGGGUUUGUCAUGGCUUUUCCUCUGCUUUUGACUUUGACAAACAAGACAGAGCUUUAAUGGGGAGUGGGGGGGGGCAUCCUUGAGUGUGAGUGAACAUUGGAGCUUAGCGAAAUGGACAGGCUAUUUAAAUUGCAGGGUGUGGUGUGAACUGAUGAAGACAUUCGAUUUGGCUUUAAAAAUCAUGGUGUGCAUGUGGAGGAGGAAACUGCAAGAUUACAGGAAGGGUGCAUUUCUAAUUGCAUGACUGUUGUGGCUACUGAUUUGUCAGUGGUUUGCCAUUAACUAACAACAUAUUUAUUUGUGCUUUCUGAGCAGAACUUGUUUAAGGUACAAUUAUGUUUUUCUCAGUGGUAGACGAAAACCAUAACGUUUGUAACCAGAGCAGCUGCACAUGGAACUUCAGAGCUGUACAGAGGCAACUGGUUUUUCAUUGUUUCCACUGGUAUUUUUAUGCUCGUAUGCACAAGAUCAGUCCUUGCUGCUUAACUCAAUUUCCAACCCUGCCUCUCUAGCUUUGAAGUCAGUCAGGCACUGUGCUGAGCACUGGGAAUACAGAGGGGCAAAGGACAGCCCAGCCUGUCCUCAAGGAGCUCCCAGACCUUGGAAAAUGGAAUAUUUACAUUCCAUUUUAAGGAGAUGACACAAAUCGGUUCUUUCCCAUAGAUCCACUGUUUUACCCAUCUUCUUUAUUUUGGCAGAAUGCUGGUGUACAACUGCCUUAGACUCUAGAGCACUUUUCUCAGAGGGAUGACGGACUAUUAAUGUCUGGUUUGGAGGAAAGAAGCCCUGAUUGAAGUUGAUAUCCACCAUUGACUUAAGGAGAGCAGGACAAUGCAUAGGAGCUUUUUUUCCACAAGUGAGCCACCUAAUUUACUAAUUUCUUAUUGCAAUUAUGAAAUACAAAAAGGAUCAAGAUGAUAAUUGAAGCAGCAGUUUGAGCACGUAAGAGUCUAAAAUUUAAAUGACUAAUAUUUCAGUUGUCCUGGGUUCACAGGUGAUCUUCAUACAGCCUCUGGUACCAGGGGGAAUAAUUUAAAGACCAGUUGUAUUUUAAAUUCUUUUCCUCCCUGUCUACACUACAAUUAGGAAGCUGCUUGUGACUUUUACAAUUCAAGGAUGAGAAAUAAAAGUCAACUUUUUUAAAAGAG